UUUCCUCUACCAUAAAAUGGGACUUUUAUUUCCUACCCCAGUGAUCAUGGUGAGGAUGAAAAGAGUGUACGUCAAGUGCCCAAACAGUCCCUGAGCUAAAUGAAACACAAAGUCAAAAACCCGUCAGGAGUUCAGAGGAAGCACCUUGGCUGCUGCCCUGUGACCUUUUUUCUUUCUGAGGUCACUGCCUGAGCUUCCCGUGCCCACCCCCGCCCCCUGCACCACACUCACCCUGCUUCCCCUCGCCCGUCUUCUCCCCGCAUCGCUCUGCGGAACUGCUCUGGCCCCAAGCUCUCUCGCGGGUCAGGUCCAAGGCAUCCCUCGGCUCUCUCAUCCUGUGACCUGACCAAGUAGCUCCUACCUGGGAUCCCCUGGCCCGAAGGAGGUCUGUGAAGGUAGUAAUGUGGAUCUUUGGGCUACUUCCAAUAUUUGAGACUUCCCACAGGCUUAACUGAACUCUUCAUUUUUUUUGCUUUCGGUUGAAUUCUGUCAGUUCAAUGUGUUAAUACAAGUUAUCUCAUAGGAAAAUGAAUUGUGCAUAAUAAAUGCAGUUAGUUUGGUAAAACAUAUUUAAAUAUAGGGCUUGUGGGAGGCAUAGGGGAAAGGUGGGUCUUUGGUGAGGAAAUUCAAAAACCACUGACCUCAGUCAGCUCUGCUCUGGCCAAUCAAUUAGUGUCAGUGGUGGUGUCCCCACCCCCGGAACUGGGGCUCUUGAGCCAGACAGCCGCAGGUCUGGAGCUUGGCUUCUCCACUGCCCCUCAGUGUGACCUGGACAUUUUAGCUCAGCUCUCUGAGCCUCUGUUUCCCCAUCUGUAAAAGGGGAACAAUAACAGGGCUCAUAUCUUAUAGUAGUUAUGAGGAGUUGAGGAGACAGUACAGAGGCCAAGCGCACAGCAAUCACUCAAUAAAUGACUGCAGCUGUCACUGCUGUCCUUGUCAUUGGCAUCGUCAUCCUAUGCUUUCAUAGUUAGCAAGGUUGGCCUUUUUCUGUCAUGGUUCCCUCUUUUGAUCUCUGACCCUCACUGUAGUUCUUCUGGACUCUCAUUCUUGUCAGCAUACCACCUUCCUCCCCCUACCCAGUCACCCAGAUUGGUUUCUGUUUCUUUAUUAGCAACUCCACAGCCAUCCUUGUGAUUCCCCAGGCCCUGAGCCCCUCAUGCAUGGGCUGGAGCAGUGGCCUUUUGCCUGGUGGAAGGAGCUGGCUCUGGAGGCAAAAAAGUUGGGUGCAAGGCCUGCCUUUCUUACCACAGAGAACACUCCCUGCUAACCAGGUACUUGGAAGGCUGAGGUCCUUGGUGGGAAUUCUGCCUCCACUGCUUAUCAGCUGUGUGACCCUGGGCAAGUUGUUCAGCCUCUCUGAGCCUCUGUUUUUUCCUCAAUUCAAAAGUGGAGCUGAUGCCUGUCUUAUGGAGUUGUUGUGAGGAGUAAAUGAAAUCAUGUACGCAAAGCACAUGGCGAUAGCUGAUAUGAUGAUAACUAAUACUUAAGAGUGGCCUAAUGACAGAUACAAAUAAGUAAAUAAAUACUUAAGGAAUACUUACUCUGUGCCAGGCGCAUAUUAUAAGGCUUUACGUGGAGUAACUUAUAUAGUCCUCAGAACAACCCUGUGAAGUAGGUCCUGUUAUUAGCCCUAGUUUACAGAAAGGAAAACUGUGGCACAGAGCAGUUAAGUGACUUGCCCAAAGUCUCACAGCUAAUGGUCGAUGGCAGAUUUAGUACUCAAACCUAAACAGUCUGGGCAGAGUGGGUCUCAAUAACGGUUAUAUCCCCUCUACUUCCUCCUCCCCUUGCUUUCAAGCCUAGGUGAAUCCCACCUCUUGUAUUGAACCUUUCCUAACUGGCUCAGCCCAGCUGGGCUACUGGGAGCUUGGCUUCCCUCCUGGCGUGCUGCCAGGGUCUCUGGCCGUGCUUUUCACACCAGGUUUCAUGGAGGUGCCUUGGCAGGGGCUGGGGUUGGGGGGAAGCCAAGGGUCCUUCUUACCCCUAAUCCCACCCUCAACCUCAGCUCGCUUUUAUAUGUUUUGUAUUGACGAUUUGUGUCAGUCUGUGUGUGUGUGCGUGUGUGUGUGUGUGUGUGUGCGCGUGUGUGUAUUGUGGGGGGCACAAUGGAGGGAAGGGCUUUCUGCAGUGAAAAGAAGGGUUUGGAAACGACUGGUCUGCUUCAUUCAUUUGUACUCUAGGAUGUUGUCAUCAGCAUUAUAAUCGUACGUAUAUGCUUUGUCUCCACAGCUAGAUUAUGAGUUGUUCUGGAGGGCUUGGCCUUCCCUGGCUUGGUGCCCUGAGCACAGUGGGUGCUCAGUCAGUCUUUGAUGAGGAGGAGAUACACAGUGACUGUCACUGUGUCUGGAGAGGAAAAUCUAAGGUGCAGGGAAGUGCAGAAGUCCUGGAACGUAUUGGCUUCCACUGCUAAAGGCCACGGGCAGCCUGCGCGCUGCUCUUAGAGGGCUGGCUGAAUCUUUGCAGCUCCCAAAGAGGUCUCUGGGUUGUCUUUCUAAAGCCCACUCUUCCUGUCUGGAGGGCCUGCCCGUCCUCUCUGUCUUCCAGGUUCUGGUCUGGAAGAAGUGCUUCUCUCUCUCCCUCCCUCCCUCUUGCUUGGGUGCGGGCAGACUGCAGGGCAGCAUGGGUAGCCCCUGAGUGGGCUGCCAUCUGGCCCCAAAUCUUGCUUUUUGAGUCCUAGAACUCUGAACACAGGCACCCACUGUCUGAAAGGCCUGUUUGUUUCCCCCUGUUGGCCAACCCUCUCUCUUUGAUCACUUUUACAACUUUGUAAUUAUGGGCUGUAACCGGCUGGGGUGUUUGAACGUCAGGGUAAUUACUUUCCACCGUUCCUACCCCAACCCUUCAAAAGGAGAGGGGUAGGGAAGUAAGAACAUCUCCAGAGAAGGAAGUCUCUGCCCUUCCCUCCUGCUCUUCCAGGCUGGGCUGGGUUCAGGGUCUCAUUCUGGGGAUGAGAAACACGAGGCCCUAGUAGCACUGAGGAUCCAGGAGUCUCAGUUCUGUGACUACUCGGGUGACCUCCCCACCCCUUGGUUAAGUCAUGGACUAUGAGAUUAGCAGAAGGAGUCCUUCUCCUUUUCCCCUAGGGCUGCUCCCAUGCCCUGGUUUGGAGGGCUCUGAAGACUGGACAGCUUCUUUUUGCCUGGGGUCGCCUGGGCGGGGGAGACGUCCUGGGAACAAGCAGGCUAGAGGAGGAUGGAGGCUGUGACCUCUCCAUUUCUUCAGCAGUUCCAUUCUCCGGUCCUGUGAAUUUCCAGUCAAUUAGCCUGGCGAGCCUGGGCCUGGGCUGGGCCUGGGUGCUGGUAGAGAGAGGGCCUAGCCCAGCUCCUCAGGGAAGGAGGGAGGGAAGAGGGAAGGUACCCUCCUGGCCGAAGAGGCCCCACUUGAGCGUCUCCACCACCCUCCCGGGGCUCUCCUGCCUGCAGGCUGCCUGUUCUGAGGGGCCCUCUGGCCUCUGCGGCCGCCUGGGGAGCAGGGAUCAGGGAGCGGGAGCCUAGCCGCUCCCCUGGCCUGCCUGGCAGGAGACCUGCCCCAACAGGCUCUCACCGGGAAGGGAAGCAGAGAUCAAAGCGCUGGAGUGUAAGCCCCAGCCCCGGCUCCUCUUCCUGACUGCACUACUUGCGGAAGGGUUAACUCCUUCAGUGCCUGCAGGAAGGCCCGAAAGGAUCAGCAGGCCCCAGGGGCCUGAGGUCCCAGCCUGAUGCCUUCGCAAGGCCCGGAUGGCGGGGGAGCGGGGAGCCAGCGCCGUCCUCUUUGACAUCACGGAGGAUCGAGCUGCUGCUGAACAGCUGCAGCAGCCCCUGGGGCUGACGUGGCCAGUGGUGUUGAUCUGGGGUAAUGAUGCCGAGAAGCUGAUGGAGUUUGUGUAUAAGAACCAAAAGGCCCACGUGAGGAUUGAGCUGAAGAAGCCCACGACAUCGCCAGAUUAUGACGUGUGGAUCCUCCUGACGGUGGUGGGCACCAUCUUUGUGGUCAUCCUGGCCUCGGUGCUGCGCAUCCGGUGCCGCCCCCGUCACAGCAGACCGGAUCCCCUUCAGCAGCGAACAGCCUGGGCCAUCAGCCAGCUGGCCACCAGGAGGUACCAGCCCGGCUGCAGGAGGGCCCGGGCCGAGUGGCCAGACUCAGGUAGCAGCUGCAGUUCAGCCCCUGUGUGCGCCAUCUGCCUGGAGGAGUUCUCGGAGGGCCAGGAGCUACGGGUCAUUUCCUGCCUCCAUGAGUUCCAUCGUACCUGUGUGGACCCCUGGCUGCACCAGCAUCGCACUUGCCCCCUCUGCAUGUUCAACAUCGUAGAGGGAGAUUCCCUUUCUCAGUCCCUGGGACCGUCUAGAUCUUACCAAGAACCAGGCCGAAGACUCCACCUCAUUCGCCAGCAUCCCGGCCAUGCCCACUACCACCUGCCUGCUGCCUACCUGUCGGGCCCUUCCCGGAGCGCAGCGGCUCGGCCCACACGGCCUGGUCCCUUCCUACCAUCCCAGGAGCCAGGCGUGGGCCCUCGGCACCACCGCCUCCCCAGAGGCGCACAUCCCCGGGUUCCAGGCGAACCACAGCGCCUGGCGGUGGCCCAGAGCCCCUCUGCGCAGGGCUGGGGGCUGAGCCACCUGCGGUGCACUUUGCAGCACCCUGCCACCUGCCCCAUGCCCCCACGCCGGGCCAGGCCUCACGACAGCAGCGGGUCUGGAGAAAGCUACUGCACAGAACGCAGUGGCUACCUGGCAGACGGGCCAGCCAGUGACUCCAGUUCAGGGCCCUGUCACGGCUCUUCGAGUGACUCAGUGGUCAACUGCACGGACAUCAGCCUGCAGGGCAUCCACGGCAGCAGUUCUACCUUCCGCAGCUCCCUGAGCAGUGACUUUGACCCCCUGGUGUACUGCAGCCCCGAAGGGGAGCGCCGGCGGGAGGAGGCUCAGCCUAGCAUGACCUCUCGGCCCCGUUCUUUGGACUCGGUGGUGCCCACAGGGGAAACCCAGGUUUCCAGCCAUGUCCACUACCACCACCACCGGCACCGCCACUACAAAAAGCGUUUCCAGUGGCACGGCAGGAAGUCUGGCCCAGAAACUGGAGUCCCGCCGUCCAGGCCUGCCAUUCCUCGGACACAACUCCAGCCAGAGCUGCCUUCACCCGAUCCGCAGGCAGCCAGCCCCAGCCCAGCAGCCCCGUCAGGACAGCUCCCCAGCCCGCAACGGCCCAGGGCCCUCACCGAGCCAGCCCCCGGGCCAGCGGACGCCGCCAGCCCCAGCCCUGGUCCCAGCAGCCUCUUCCACUUGCAGAAAUCCAGCCUCCCUGUGCGACACACACAGAGGAAACGGCGGGGGAGUCCCUCAGAGCCCUCCCCAGCCUCUCGACCCCAGGACUUGGCCGCACACCGAGUGUGCCAGAUUCUUCCCCAUUAUGGCCCCAGCCUGGCAUAUCCUUGGUCCCCAGAGGCCCACCCAUUGAUCUUCGGACCUCCGGGCCUGGACAGGAGGCUGCUACCAGAAACCCCAGGCCCUACUUACCCAAGUUCACAGCCGGUGUGGUUGUGUCUGACUACACGCCAGCCCCUAGGACCAUACCCAUCUGGGGAGGGGCCUUCCGAAUGCAGUUCUGGCGCCCCAGAGGGUAGGCCAUGCCCUUACCCACACUGCCAGGUGCUGCCAGCCCAGCCUGGCUCAGAAGAGGAGGAGCUCGAGGAGCUGUGUGAACAGGCCGUGUGAGAUGUUCAGGCCGAGCUCCAACCAAGAGUGCUCGCCAGAUGACUCAGCGCCCUACCUGGCACAGAGUCCUGCUCCUGAGAAAAGAAAGGACCUCAGAAAACACCCCUCUUCUUUGCCAUCCUUCCUGGAACCACUGGCAGAGGAGUGUGAUGGUGGGCAGCAGGAGGUGUUGUCUCCCGGUCCCAGCUCCAGACCUUGUCUGCAGAAGCAUCUGCAGUGCAGCAAGUCUGUGUCCAGCCAGGCAACCAGCUACCACUUGUGUGGGUUGGCUCCCCUGCAGGCUGGGACUUUCUGAGAGCAGGAAGCUAGGUAUAGGUAGAUAGGUGUUAUAAAGGUGGUGCUCCUUCCCCAGCCCCAGCAGGUCUCCCUCAUUCCAAGCCUCAUGUUCAUACCAGCAAACGGGUCCAGCUGAACGCAUGACCCUUCUCACCUCCUUCCUUGGGAGAGUCCUGCACACCAGCUUUGGCUCCUCCUUGGUAAGGCUGCUGCGUCAGCGGCAACCCUGGUUCUUAUCAUUUUCCUUCUUUGCAAAAAGAUCAGGAGCAUAGGUGAGCCCUGAGCCCUGAAAAGGGGGGCUUUGCAGCUUCACCAGGCAGGGCCUCCCCUGGUGCACAAGGGAGGAUGUUUGUCCCUCCUUGUCCGCACUUGUCACAUCCACUAUAUUAAGUCAGAGGGGAAGCCAGGGUGUGCAGUUCUGUCCCUGAUGUGGUACAGCACCUUGAAGAAACUGGGUCGAAGCCUCUGAUCGUCAAACUCCCUUGUCACUCCAGCAGCCUCAGUUCCUCUGGGGGUAGGGGUGAGGGUAGUGGGAAGGGAAUAGCUCUUCCUUGGGGACCUCCUAUCUCAAAGUCCCAAAGUAGAUGGAAAGAAGAGGAUUUCUGCUGUACUUUAUUUAGGAAGAGGAAGGAAGGAAUGAAGGUAGGAAAGGCAAAAUUACAGCUGAACAAGGAAGUUUUCUCUGGGCGUUUUCUCUCAGACCAGGGAUAGGGAAUGGGAGAACAAAGGAGAGGUAAUAUGGGGCCCUUGGGAUUAGACGGCCCAGAGGCCCGGCUUCCCAGUAUAAGCCAUGCAGGCCAGAGACACACAGGAAGGAGUGGAGUUGCAGCAGGAAGCCUGGCCUGGGCAGCUGGUAUCGAGUGGGCAAGGGCUGAGGGGCCUCCUCAGGGUAACAUGCACCCCGGGGAAUUUGGACCAUUGCUGGCCCCUCAGGCAUUAUCCCGUUUGGAAUGUGAAUGUGGGAGCAAAGUGGGCACAGGACCCCACCUGGGAAUCUUCUUCCCUCUAAGUCAGUGGGGAACUAGCACCUAGGCACCCACGUGGGUAUUUAUAUCUGAACAGACAGAAAGAUGCUUGAAUCAGGCACUAUGUUGAGAAAUGUAUUUAUUUGCUAAUAUAUUUAUCCAUAAAUUCCA